AUGGGAGGACUGGGAUUUAGGGAUCUAAAAGAUUUUAACCUAGCACUGCUUGCUAAGCAGCUAUGGAGACUCAUCCAAUACCCGUCUUCACUUCUGGCACGUGUGCUAAGAGGACGAUAUUACCGACAAUCGGAUCCACUAGAGGACCGAAAAAUCUACUCACCAUCUUAUGGAUGGAGGAGUAUGAUGGCGGCCAAGCCGUAUCUCCAAAUGGGAAUCAGGAAGACAAUUGGAUCAGGACUUAACACAAGAGCCUGGAGUGAGCCGUGGAUCCCCGAUGAAAGAGCUCGACCCCCAAGAGCUGCCCCUCAGAUCGGUUUUCAGGAACCAGGAAUGCAUAUGGGAUCGGAUAAACAGUGCCCCCGCUGUGGGAACCCUGAAGAAUCUAUUAACCACCUCCUGUUUUUAUGUCCCCCGGGCUUACAAGUCUGGGCGUUAUCGGACUUUCCGUCCCUUCCGGGUCUCUUCCCGAGCACUUCUAUUUAUCAAAAUAUGAGUUUCCUCUUUUGGAAUACAAAAGAGUUAUGCAUGAUAGAUCCACAAAAGGAUUUUUAUCCUUGGAUUCUGUGGUAUAUUUGGAAAGCGAGGAAUGACAAGAUCUUUGACGGGAAAGAAACCUCCCCCGUAGACACUUUGAUCCACGCCAAGAUUGAAGCGGAAAGCUGGAAGACUGCAAACGAGCCGAAAGACGUUGAAGAGGCUGCAUUAUCGCCUUCCCCCAGUCCUUCGCUCCGGACCUCUCCUCUAGAUGACCAGCGGUUCCCAACUUGCCAGGUGGAUGCAUCCUGGAUAGGUAAUAGUCUGGUUAGUGGUCUUGGAUGGAGCCUAAAGGAGGAAGAGAGUGGUGAAGUCUUUGGACUUCAAGGCUGCCGUCGAAGUCUCUCAGCUCUUCACGCCGAGCUGGAAAGCCUCCUGUGGGCUAUGUCAUGUCUGAUAGAUAGAGGGGUCUUAUAUGUGCAUUUUCAGUCCGACUGUUUGGACUUGAUAAGUAUGACAGAAUCGCCAUCGGACUGGCCAUCCUUCUUAUCAGAGUUAGAAGUCUUCCAAAACCUCCGAGGAAACUUCGGGAUCUUCACUCUCUCCCACAUUCCUAGAAUUUUGAAUACUCGAGCGGAUACUCUAGCAAAAGGAGCUCGAGCGAAAGGCAUUAUCUUUUUCCAAAUCAUUCAUAACGAGCCAAUGACGGGAAGUUUUUCGAAUCAACCUUUAAAUUGGCCAAUUGUGAUGUAA